GCAGCCCCGCGCGCCCGGCCCGACAAAGUGCUGGCGAGCUGCGACGUGACCUGCCGGCCGCGUGUGUGCCCGAGAGAGCGAACGAGGUAGCUGGCGAAGGACGCGACCGGGACCCUGGGCCCUGCGGGACUCCAGCUGUGUCACGUACACGCUUGGCGGCGCGAACCGCGCAUAACGAUACUUGGAUUUGAACUGCAUUUUGGAAAUCAUCUACACUUAAAAUGCCACCAGUAGUUGGAGGUCCAGUUGGAUACACUCCCCCGGAUGGAGGCUGGGGGUGGGCAGUAGUAGUUGGAGCUUUCAUUUCCAUCGGCUUCUCUUACGCAUUUCCCAAAUCCAUUACUGUGUUCUUCAAAGAAAUUGAAGGCAUAUUCAAUGCCACCACCAGUGAAGUGUCAUGGAUAUCCUCAAUCAUGUUGGCUGUCAUGUAUGGUGGAGGUCCUAUCAGCAGUAUCCUGGUGAAUAAAUAUGGCAGUCGUCCAAUCAUGAUUGCUGGUGGUUGCUUGUCAGGCUGUGGCUUGAUUGCGGCUUCUUUCUGUAAUACUGUUCAGGAACUUUACUUGUGUGUUGGAGUCAUUGGAGGUCUUGGGCUUGCCUUCAACUUGAAU